GACUGCGUCAGAAUGGCCAUUCUGGAAAAUCCAGAACCUGCUGAUGGCGACGGUCUGGGUGAAUCUGGUCAGCGCUUCCUUACUCGACAGCAGGAAAGAAAUAGAAAAAAGAGGUCAAAGAAGAAGGCAGCGAAACAGAGAAGAAAGCAAACAAAUCCUGACGAAACUCUAAGCAGCUUGGAGUUUUCCAGUAAGACGUCAAGCCAGAAGUCUAGUGACGAUGAAGACGAAGACCUUCCCGUGUUCGAGCUCAAGGGUGCCUUCGAAAGAUUUAAGCUCAACCAUCAGUUGCAGUUACAUCGCCAAACACUGAAGACCGUCUCGCCCACCGCCCUCCACUUCUGA